AUGGUAAUGGACUCUUGCGGCGACAGAUACCCGGAUCGACUUGGUCGUGAUGGCGCCACUCUCAACUUCCCUUCCCUCAAUGUCUCCUACACUAUCCGGGAACAACCUCUCGGCACGGCACGGCCGAUUCGUAUUGUCGGCAUUGGAGCUGGAGCGAGCGGGCUAAACGUCAUCCGUACCUUGCGGCUAAAUCUCACGAACUACGAAGUCAUGGUAUACGAAAAGAACAUCGACGUCGGUGGAACAUGGUUCGAGAAUCAAUACCCUGGAUGUCGAUGCGAUGUACCAAGCCACAGUUACCAGUUCUCGUGGCGACCAAAAAAGGACUGGACCAACUUCUUUUCUAGUGCCGAGGAAAUUGAGGACUAUCUUUGCCAGGUUGCCGACGAGGAGGGGCUGAGAGGGUCUAUCAAGACCUCUCAUGAGGUGGUCUCUGCUGUUUGGAACGAAGGCGACGGUCAAUGGGAGCUGAGGAUACGGAACCUUGAGAAUGGACAGGAAUUUGAGGACUAUGCUACCUUUCUACUGAAUGGUUCGGGCAUACUGAACAACUGGAAGUGGCCUGAUGUUCAAGACCUCACCGCGUUCAAAGGCACAUUGAUACACACAGCUCGUUGGCCAAAGGAUUUCGACCACACAGGCAAGACGAUAGCGAUCAUUGGCAAUGGUUCAACGGGAGUUCAAGUAUUGCCAGCUCUCCAGCCCGGCGCCGCCAAAAUUCACCACAUCUUCCGGACACCCAGUUGGGUCAUACCACCAAGGAUACACGCCUGGAAAGUCAUGGGUCAAGCAACAGAGGUCUGGGAUAAGAUACAGCUCGACGCCGAGGAAAACUUCUCGGAAGAAACCAUUGAAAAGUUCAAGUCGGACCCGGAGUUCUACCGGGAUUUUGUCAAGAGGAUUGAGGUUGAGGUCAACAGUGCUUUCCCAGUGGUCCUUGCCAAAAGCCCAGUUCAAGCCUUCGCCCGCGCGAAGGUAGCGGAGUACAUGACAGCCAUGCUCGGUGGGAACGAGCAGCUCUGCAAAGCUCUCAUUCCAGACUUUCCACUAGGAUGCCGAAGAAUGACGCCUGGCCAUGGAUAUCUCCAAGCCCUGACAAAACCGAAUGUUGAAGUCAGGAGAACGGACAUGAAGCGCUUUGUACCGGAAGGCAUCGAGCUUGCUUCAGGGGAGAUCAUCAAAGUUGACGCCAUAAUCUGUGCCACGGGCUUCGAAACAUCCUUUUGCCCGCGAUUUCCCAUCAUUGGACGUGAUGGCGCAAAUCUGCAAGAUCGAUGGAGACAAGAGAUCCCGAAGGCGUAUAUGUCUUGUGCUGUUCCAAGCCUCCCAAAUUACUUCAUGUUCCUUGGCCCCAACGCACCCAUUGGUCACGGCUCAGUCUUCACCCUCUCGGAACACAUCGCCAAGUACAUCACCACCAUCAUCAAAAAGGUCCAAACCGAAGGAAUCAAAUACAUCGCCCCUUCCCAAGCAGCAGUAGAUGACUACUUUGAGCACAUUACCCACUUCAUGCCAGCCACCACUUGGGCGGCGCCGGGGAGAUCAUGGUUCAAGAUGGGAAGGGAGGAAGGACCGGUGGUGGCGCUUCAUCCGGGGAGCAGGAUUCAUUUCUUUCAUAUGCUGGAACGGUUUAGAGGGGAGGAUUGGGAGUAUGAGUGGGAUAAUGCGAGGGGGAACAGGUUUGGGUACUUGGGGAAUGGGUUCUCGACGCGGGAGGUGGGGGAUGAGAAGGGGGAUUUGGCUUGGUAUUUGGACGAGCCAGCUACGAUAUCGUAG